UUAACCCCACUGCCUGAUUGUUGUAAACACGACACCCGUGGGGGAGUGCAGUGGGCAAAAAGCUCCUCCUCCCAGGCCCCACCCCACUGCACCCACAGUCCUCAUGCCGGUCUCUUUCCUGGUUCCCACCAGCGCCAGGUGAUACGGAGAGCUGAAACCAUGGUUCCGCAGGUGCUGUACCGGGCUCUGGUCUCCACCAAGUGGCUGGCGGAGUCCGUCCGGGCUGGCAGGCUGGGCCCUGGCCUUCGAGUGCUGGACGCCUCCUGGUACUCGCCGGGCACCCGCGAGGCCCGCAAGGAAUACCUAGAGCGCCAUGUGCCCGGCGCCUCCUUCUUUGACAUAGAGGAGUGCCGGGACAGAGCGUCGCCCUACGAGAUGAUGCUGCCCAGCAAGGCGGGCUUCGCCGACUACGUGGGCAGCCUGGGCAUCAGCAACGACACGCAUGUGGUGGUGUACGAUGGUGACAACUUGGGCAGCUUCUAUGCGCCGCGGGUCUGGUGGAUGUUCCGUGUGUUUGGCCACCGCACCGUAUCCGUGCUCAAUGGUGGCUUCCGGAACUGGCUGAAGGAGGGCCACCCGGUGACUUCUGAGCCCUCACGCCCAGAGCCAGCUGUCUUCAAAGCCACACUGGACCGCUCCCUGCUCAAGACCUACGAGCAGGUGCUGGAGAACCUCGAAUCGAAGAGGUUCCAGCUGGUGGAUUCACGGGCCCAAGGGCGGUACCUGGGCACGCAGCCGGAGCCAGAUGCAGUAGGACUGGACUCGGGCCACAUCCAAGGCUCAGUCAACAUGCCCUUCAUGGACUUCCUGAUGGAGGAUGGCUUCGAGAAGAGCCCGGAGGAGCUUCGUGCCAUGUUCGAGGCCAAGAAGGUGGACCUCGCAAAGCCCAUCAUCGCCACGUGCCGAAAGGGUGUCACUGCCUGCCACAUCGCCCUGGCCGCCUACCUCUGCGGCAAGCCCGAUGUGGCCAUCUAUGAUGGUUCCUGGUUCGAGUGGUUCCACCGGGCCCCCCCGGAGACCCGGGUGUCCCAGGGGAAAGGCGGGAAGGCGUGAGCAGUGGCCUCUCCUACCCUCGCCCACAACUCCUGCCAGUGGAGUGACCCCAGCGUGGCCCGCAGCUGGUCCAUGCCUCGUCGGCUAAGGAGAUGAACAAGAUUUUAGAGUUAAUGGGUAGAGCGCUUCUUUUCCCAACAACACUGGAAUAAAACUGGCCUUUUC